GUGACCCAGCAUAGCAACGCAGCAAACUGAAGAAAAACCAACAAAAAGAUAUGAGUUCUAGCGGAGAGGAGGAUGAAAUAGGGCCAAGUGUCGAUUCUAAUGACCCAGAGGAAAGAAUUCAGGCUCGGCGAGAGAGAAUUAAACGGCGUAUCGAAGCUGCCAAGAGAGCUGAACUAGGUGAAGAUCCUAAUGAAAAGAAAGAGGUAAAAGAAGAACUUAGUAAGAGUAGAAAACAAGUUGAACAGAGUCGACUGCGUUUAACAAAGUUGAAGCAAGAUGGCAAUGAGUUGGUGACUAACAUUCGUGUUGCUGGAGAUGCUCGAGAAGCUGCCAGACGUGCAGAAGAUGAUGAUGCAAAGAGACAGAGAAAAGAGAGGCUUGAACAGGAAGCUAAAUCAGGUGCAGAAAAGUUUGAAGAGAUCACAAAGAAAUGGGAACAAGCUUUACAAAAGGAAAUUCCACAAUCUCUAUACCAGAUGUUAAGACAGCAGAAGGAUGCAUGUAAAGCAAUUGUUUUAGACAAAAACAAACUCAUUAAAGACUUUCAAGAGGAACUGCAAAAGAAAGAUGACUUGUAUAUAAAAGACCUGAAGAAACAAGCAGAUGAUAUUGAUUUGAUGAUUGAGAGAAUGGAAGAACAGAUUAAAAGUUUGAGUACAUCCUACAAAACUGAAAUUGAAGAAAUUGAGAGAGCUUUUGUGGCAGAGAGAAAUGAGUUAUUAGAACAGCACAAGAAGAAAUGGGAAGAAAGGAUGGAGAACCGAAGACAGAAGGAAAUUGAAUACAUGAAAGCCAGAGAGAAAAGGGUGGAAGAUUAUGAACAACAGCUCCAUAACAUACGAGUCCAGGAUGCUGAAGAAUACAAUCGGAUAAAGAUCAGGAUGGAAACUGAUGUCCAGAUUCUGGAGCAGCAGUUGCAGCAAAUGAGAGCCACUUACCAACUAAACCAGGAAAAACUAGACUAUAACUUCCAAGUGCUGAAAAAGAGAGAUGAAGAAAACCAAAUCACUAGGAACCAGCAAAAGAGGAAAAUUACAAGAUUACAAGAUGUUCUGAAUGGACUGAGAAUAAAGAUUGCAAAACAAGAGAAACAAUACAAGGAUGAGAACCAACAGUUAACGGAGGAUUACAAGAGAAUUACAGAACAAUUUAGAGAUCUUCAAAGAAAAUCCAGGCAUUUUAUACAGGCAGAUGGUAAGAAGUUUGAGGAUGUUUGGUGUAUGAAUGAAGCAGAAUGUAAAGAGCUGGUACACACCCUGAUGGAGGCUGACAGAAUCAUUCAUGAGCAACAACUGGGAAUGCAAUACCAAGUCCCAGAUCUGAGCUUCAUGGAGAAUGUGGGUCCUAUCAAGAGCAAAUCUGAUGAAAAAGGAGGUAUGUCAGCUCAGCAGCUGGUACAGGAAAUCAUGUCACAGACGGGAAGCCAUGGUGAUAAAGAAGAGGAAGAGGAAGAUGAUGACAUUCCAUCAGACAGGAAGCUCCCAAAGAGUACACUACUGUCCAAAAUAUCUGCCAACACUGUCAAAAGUGUACUGGAACUUCUUUGUGAUGAAUCAGGAUUCUUGGUUGAAUCAAAACUGAACAAACUUUUGGCCCCAUUGGAGAAAGAUGAGAGAUCGUUAAUGAAAUUGGAUGCUAUCUUUAGUGGUUUGGGAAUUGACACAGAGGAUGAUGUCCAUCUAUUAGCCAGUUAUUUCAUGCAUGUCAAGGGAGGCAAAAAACAGGAAGAAGAGGAGGAAGAGAAAGAAACUACAAUAGAGGAUACACAAACAGAGGGAGACAUGGAUGACAUUGAUGCUGAAAUCAGGAAACUGACAGGGAAGGAAGGUGAUGUUGAUUCCUCCAAGAGUGAAACAAUAGAGUUGAUCCACCCUAAUGAAGUGAUGAAGGCUUUACGAGCUUUUGUUGAAGAGAACAGGCAACCAGCCAAAGAAAAGGUGAAACAGUCGCAAUUUAAGAUUGCCUCUUUGGAAGAGAGGGAUAGCUCUGAGGAUUCUGACUACUGGGCUAGCUAUGCCAAGCUGGUAGAUGACAAAAAAGAAAGGCUCUGGGAUGCUCUGCUUGAAGGACUUGAAAAAUAUAGUGAAGUUCUAACAUCCAGAGCAAGUCUCAUUAAUGAGACUGAUGCACUCCGACAACAAAAUGCAGAGCUGAGAAUGUUACUUCACCAAUAUGUUAAUUCUAAGGUUAAUCAAGAACUUGAGAUUCCACCAACAAGAGUUCUGCAGCUAGAAAUGAAUCCAAGAUAAAAAUAAAUUAUUCUUGAGUCACAAACUGUUUCAGAGAGAAAAAAUCUUUCAAUGUGAUUCAUCCAAAUUCCUGAUUUAAAUUUAUCAUGAGAAAAGUGUGAUAUUUCAUAUUAUCUGUAUGUAUAUUUUGUAAAUAAAAGUUUGAUCAAA